AGCGGCUCAUUUCCCAAACUCACCCGCUAAAAUUUCUCGUUCGAGUUUUUUUUUUGAGUUUUUUUUGCAGGUGAAAAAGUGCACUUUUUUCCAAAAUGAACCAAAAAAUAAUCGAAUAUUUGCGCGGCACGAUCGACAUUAAUCAGCGGCAGCAAGCCGAGGAGGAACUAAAUAAGAUCCAGAAAAUUAUCGGUUUCGUGCCGAGUUUGCUGCAAGUUGUCAUGCAAAAUGACGUCGAUUUGCCGGUGCGACAGGCGGGAGCGAUUUACAUGAAAAACAUGAUUUGCAACAAUUGGCAGGACAAGGACCCGGAGCCAGGUACCCCACUCGCAUUCGCGAUUCACGAACAAGAUCGCGCCAUGGUGCGUGAAAGUAUCGUCGAAGCGAUCGUUUUGUCGCCGGACAUGAUCAAAGUGCAACUUUGCGUUUGCCUGAACAACAUCAUAAAAUGCGAUUUUCCCGGGCGUUGGACACAAAUUGUCGACAAAAUCAACAUUUACCUCCAAAAUUCCGAUCCGACGGGCUGGAAUGGCGCCUUGCUCUGCAUGUACCAACUCGUCAAGAACUACGAAUACAAAAAACCGAAUGAACGAACGCCCUUGGUCGAAGCGAUGAAUUUGCUGCUGCCGCUCAUCUACAAUCUCAUGAUAAAUUUGCUGAACGAGCCGUCGGAUCAGAGUUUGUUGUUGCAAAAGCAAAUUCUGAAAAUUUAUUAUGCCUUGACGCAGUACGCGUUACCGCUGAAUGUCAUCAGUCGCGAAAUGUUUGCGCAGUGGAUGGAGAUUUGUCGGCAGAUUUUGGAUAGGCCGGCGCCGGAUUCGAGUGCGAUCGAGGAAGAUGAACGUCCGGAGAUGCCGUGCUGGAAGGUGAAGAAAUGGGCAACGCAUAUCAUUGGCAGGAUGUUUGAGAGGUACGGAAGUCCGGGAAAUGUUAUCUCGAAGGAGUAUGAGGAGUUUGCGAAAUGGUAUUUGGAGACUUUUUCGGCGGGCAUGUUGGAGGCGAUUUUGAAGGUGUUCGAUCAAUAUCGAUUGAAUGUUUACAUCUCACCUCGUGUCAUGACAGGCUUACUAAACUACUUGAAAACCGCUGUCUCGCACGCCUUCACAUGGAAACUCUUAAAACAACACGUCAUCACGUUGAUCCAACACGUCAUUUUCCCGCUCAUGUGUUACUCGGAAGCCGACGAGGAGUUAUGGGAAGCUGAUCCCGUCGAGUACAUCCGUUUAAAAUUCGACGUUUUCGACGACUAUUCGACGCCUGUGCCCGCUGCCGAGUCUUUGUUACACUCUGUAUGCAAAACGCGCAAAGGAAUCUUGAACAGCGUGAUGGCAGUUAUCAUGCAAAUUAUCACCGCCGGCAACAUUGACGCGAAACAAAAAGACGGGGCACUUCACAUGGUCGGAACACUCGCCGAUGUCUUGCUGAAGAAGAAAAUUUUCAAGGAACAAGUCGAAACUUUACUCACAACGUACGUUUUUCCCGAGUUUCAAAGUCCCCACGGACAUUUACGAGCACGGGCUUGUUGGGUUUUGCACUAUUUCAGCGAAAUAAAGUUGAAAAACAUCCAAACGCUGCAAGAAAUUAUGCGAUUAACGACGGAAGCGUUGCUCAAAGACAAAGAUUUGCCGGUAAAAGUCGAAGCUGCGGUCGCAUUGCAAAUGUUCCUCAUCUCCCAAGAUCACGCCCAGCAAUAUUUGGAGCCGCAAAUCAAGCAAAUCACGAUGGAAUUGCUCACGAUAAUCCGCGAGACGGAAAAUGAGGAUCUGACGAAUGUUUUGCAGAAAAUUGUUUGUACCUAUUCGGAGCAAUUGCAGCCCGUGGCGUUGGAAAUUUGCCAACAUCUCGCCACGACAUUCCAACAAGUGCUGGAAAGCGAGGAGGGAAGCGACGAAAAAGCCAUUACCGCCAUGGGAUUACUCAACACGAUGGAAACGCUCCUUUCCGUGAUGGAAGACAAUCCGCAAACCCUUGCGAGUCUCCAUCCGAUCGUGUUGCAAGUCGUCGUGCACAUUCUCAACACAAAUGUCGCCGAAUUCUACGAAGAAGCCUUUUCGCUGGUUUAUGACCUCACAUCGAAGAACAUUUCGCCCGACAUGUGGAAGCUUCUCGAGUACAUUUACCAAAUGUUCCAAAAAGACGGCCUCGAAUAUUUCGUCGACAUGAUGCCAACGUUGCACAAUUACAUCACAGUUGACACCGAAGCUUUCUUGUCGAACCGAAAUCACGUCCUGGCAAUGUUCGAAAUGUGCAAAGUUGUCAUGACGACGGGCCAGAGCACCGAAGAGGCGGAAUGCAAUGCGGCGAAGUUGUUGGAAGUUAUAAUUUUGCAGUGUCGCGGAAGAAUUGACGAAUGUAUGCCGAGUUUUGUCGAACUCGUCCUUGGGAGAUUGACGAAAGAGGUGAAAACGUCGGAGCUGAGAACGAUGUGCCUGCAAGUUGUAAUUGCGGCGCUUUAUUACAAUCCGCAGUUGUUGCUGCAAAUUUUGGAGAAUUUACCGAUGCCCGCGGGACAGGAAUCGAUCUGUUCGCAUUUCAUCAAGCAAUGGCUGCAUGAUACAGACUGCUUCUUAGGAAUUCACGACAGAAAGCUAUGCGUCAUCGGAAUGUGUACGCUCAUGUCGCUUCAAGAUGCCAAACCGCAAGUAUUGAGUGAAGUAGCGGAUAAAAUGAUCCCGUCGCUCAUUCUGAUAUUCGACGGAUUGAAACGCGCUUAUGCCGCACGAGCCGCCGAAGAAGAAGAGGAAGAGUCUGAAGACGAAGAUGAUGAUUGCGAAGAGGGAAUCAGCAGCGACGAAGACGAAGUCGACGAAUUAGGUGCCAGCUACUUUGAACGCGUAUCUGAAUUAGCAAAAACUAAGGGAGCUGCGGAAGGUUUCGAAAUUUCAGCUGAAGUUAAGGACGAAGACUCAGAUGAAGAUUCUGACGACGAUAAUGACUCUGAUGAGCUGGAUGAGACAGCGUUAGAAGCAUUUACGACGCCUUUCGAUGACGAGGAUAGUCCGAACGCCAUCGACGAGUACAUAGUUUUCCAAGAUGUUAUGACAAAUUUGCAAACAUCUGAUCCUGCUUGGUAUUCAAUGUUGACAUCGAAGCUAACAGCUGAACAUACCAAAGCCUUGCAAGAAAUUAUCCUCACUGCUGAACAGAAAAAACAUCAGAGACGCUCGAAGGAAAUUGAGAAGAGCGGAGGCUUUCAAUUCAACCAACAAAGCGUACCAACAUCCUUCAACUUUGGAUCGUCCUAAAUCGUAAAUCCGUAGAAAAAAAAUAUAAAAUUAUUAUUCAAGUUCGCAACGAAGAAACCCGAUCGAACUUACUCUUACGUUUAUUAAUUCUUAUAUUAUUAUCGCAUUAAAUUGUAAAAUUUAGUUUAUUUAAUUUCUUAUAAAAUUAUUUACUUUAAAUGUUUUAACGAACGUGAAAUGAUGAAGAAACAAAAAUCGACCAGAAAUAAAUUUAGUUUUUAAUAGAAUUUUUAUUACAAUUGUAGUUAAAGAUUUUUUUUUUGUUUAUUGAUUUAUUAAAAAAAAAAACUUUUUAUAUUGAUUAA